CCCAAACCUCCUCCCCUAUAAAAAAUGAAAAACUCGACGCAAUCAGGAAAAUACCCAUCAGCGAGUAAAUCAAAUCAAAAGAAGAUAAUGGCCUCGGAGCAAGCGAGACGAGAUGAUGCGAGCAAGAUAGAGGUGGAGAAAGACAAAGUCCCGAAGAUGACGACACAUUUCGAGUCUCUCGCCCAAACAGAGGGCCGACAGCAGGGCCUCUCCUUGGAAGAGAUUUCCAAAUUGAGAGGGACAGCUCAGCAAAGCUCAAUCGAAGCCAUCCGAGCUGCUGAGAACCGCUAUGAAAAGGCCAAUCAACAAAUGGGGACAGAGGGCAAAGGGCUGAAGGACCAGGCGCUGGAGAAGGUGGCUGAGGCCACAAAGGUGGUUUCCAGUGUGGCAGGGUACACCAAGGAUAAGGUGGUCGGAGUUGGGCAGACUGUGGCUGGGUAUACUGGGGAGAAGCUGGCCGCAGUUAAGGAUGCUGUGGUGGCCACUAAGGAGAAGGAUGAGGUUGAGAGGGGUUUGGAAGCCAAGAAAUCAUCGCAGCAGGAAACGAAGAGUGAGGCAUUGGAUAGAGAGGAGAUGGGAGGAGAAGAGGAAAGUCGUUUGGAAGGUGAAGAAAAGGGCAGUGGUAGUGUAUUGCAAGCGAUUGGGGAGACUAUAGUUGAAAUUGGGCAGACCACAAAAGAGCUUCUUGUGGGCAAAGAUAAUGAUAAGGUUAAAGAGUAUGAGGAGCGCUACAAGGGAUCUGGAGAAGGCAUUUAGAUGAUGAUGAUGAUGAUGAUAAUGAUGUUCUUCUUAAGGUUUGUAUAGGCUGUUGUAUGAGUUGAUCUUUGAGGUGUAAUAAAAGUGUGUUGUGUUGAUCCAGCACGGAUGUUUGUGUGGUGUAUGUGAGUAGAAUCUCUUUAUGAGUUGAGCGACUUUGUGUGUGUGUGUGUGUGUGUGCCUUUAUUAUCUGUAUAUAUUCCGGUUGUUUUGAAGAUUUCAGCUACUUUUUCAUCCAAGUAAUAAAUACCCAGUUAGUUAAUUAA